AUGUACUUCACCUCAUUCGUCCUCUUCGCUACCUGCGCCGCAGCUGGCGUAGCAGGAGGCCGCAAGCCAGAACUACGACCUCUAUGGAGCGGACCUCGACCAUCCCGAGAGCAGGUAGAAGAAGCAUUUAAAUACCACGAUCACGCCGCUCGCCACGCCGACGCAGCUCAACGACCAGGCUGGAACCGCCGAGGUCAUCUCACCAAACAAGCCCUGGAGAACGUGAAAUACUACGCCGACAGAGUCGCUCGAGAUGCCACGGCGGCACUCAGUGCGGGUGCGCCAUUCAAGGCUGAUCCCACGGAGACGGAAGACUACUGGCGAUCUAGGGAGACACCGCUGGAUACUGAGGCUUGGCCUUCGGUUACGGAGGUUCUGGGUCAGGCUGUGUCUGGGUUGCAAGGUCGGUGGGCUUCUGUGACGGAGGCUGUGCAGAUGAGGGCUAGUGAUGCUGUUGAACGGGCUCAGGCGCAGGCUGAGGAGGUGAAGCGGGAGGCUGAGGCUUGGGGGCCGGCGAAGAGGGUCAAGGUUAAUCACCCACGGGAGCUGGUGUAUGAUCGAUAUGAUGAUCUUGUUGAGGAUGUGGAGGGCAACUACGAAAGGGACCUGGACGACCGCGAACUGGUGUAUGAUCGUUAUGAUAAUCUGGUCGAGGAUGUAGAAGGCCACUACGAAAGAGAUCUGGAUGGUGAGGAAGAAGAUGCUGACCCAGAUGACCUCGAACCCGAAGACCCGUUCCUGGAAAGUAGAUUCAACGACGUUGAUCGACUCGAAGCCGAAGAAGAUGCCCAGGAGGACGGAGAGCUUGAUAAUGACGAUAUUGACUCCGACAUAGAAGGGGAGGAUGAUGCUGUAGAUGAAGACGAGAAUGAGGACGAAGAUGAGACGCCGGCGACGACUCAGCCUGACCCAGCGCAGCCACAGCCAUCAAGAGUGAAGACAGGACAUGGUCACGGGCACGGACACGCACAUCUGCAUCGUUGA